AAAAAACACUCUCUUUCAUUAUCCAUUCAUUAUCAAAAACUCAAAAGGCCAUAGUGUGACAAAGAAGUAGCAGAAGAAGAAGAAGCAAAGAAGAAAUGGCAGCGAUGGCUGCACUUCAAAGCUCAAUGGCCACUCUUUCACUCUCCUCCUCCAACUCUUUCUUUGGCCAACGCCUAUCACUUCCUUCUCUCUCCUUUCCACAAGUCAAGUCACCAGAGAAGCCAUGUCUCAUUGUUGUGAAGCUCAAGCGAUGGGAGCGGAAGGAAUGCAAGGAAAACAGCCUUCCUGUUUUACACAAAAUGCAUGUUAAGGUAGGAGAUACAAUUCAAGUGAUUGCCGGAGAUGACAAGGGAAAAAUUGGGGAGAUUACUAAGAUUUUUAGGCACAACAGCACUGUGGUAGUGAAAGAAAUAAACCUGAAGACAAAGCAUGUGAAGAGCAGAGAAGAGGGUGAACCUGGCCAGAUUAUAAAGAUUGAAGCACCUAUUCACAGUUCAAAUGUGAUGCUUUAUUCUAAAGAAAAGAACAUUGCAAGCCGGGUGGGUCAUAAAGUUCUUGAUGAUGGGAAGAAAGUUCGGUACCUCAUAAAAACUGGGGAAAUAAUUGAUAAUGCGGAGGACUGGAAGAAAGUGAAAGAAGAGAGUAAGAAAACCGAAGUAGCUGCUACUACUACUUCAUAGUUCAUAGGAACACAACAUAUUAGUUGGCAAUUGAUGCAAUUUCUGAAACUCUAGAUGUAUUUCUGCCCUUGUUUUUUUCUUCACUGGUCCCAUUAUUUUGCCCUGUUCUUUUCUUGAUUUCUAUAUUGCCGACUUUUGUUGUACCAUUGGCUGUGUGGAAAUGGAUAUCAAUUCUAGCCUGAA